CUCAGGGCUUCUCAGAGCUUUUAGAAGAUGAACAUUGAAAAUGAUUUACCGACCUCUGGAUACAGAAUAGUUUUUCAAAAAAGGAGGAAUAAAAAGGUCAAAGAGUUCAAAAGCGAUGCAAAGGAUCCGCAUUCUUCUGUCGGUUUAAGUUUCCGCUGUCGAGGGCUGUGGGGUGAAUGCGUCUAUGACAUCGUAGCAGCUUACUGGACCUGUGAUAUGCCAAACUCAUUUCUGGGACAUCUUCCCACUGAUCUGGUGAUUACCCGGGCCUUGGUAAUUGUUACCAGUGUUGCCUGCAUUGUGGCCUCACUUGUGCUCAUUGGUGGGAUGAAAUGUACCAAGUUUAUAAGUGAUGGUGGGACAGAGAAAGACAAACUGAAUAUCUGCGCUGGAGCCAUCUUCAUCUUUGGAGGAAUUACAGGUGGCAUUGGCUUGACUUGGUAUGCAGCUGAGACUGUCAUUAAGUACAAGUUUGAGGUUAGCUUCGGGGUGCCUGGAAUCACAUAUGAGCUGGCGUACUCCUACUGGCUGGCCUCUACUGGAGUAUUGUGCAUGUGCCUGGCUGGAGUACUGCUUGUGUCAACACACUGCGCCAGAAUCAAUCAAUCCAGCGAGAGGAAAAAGAGAAACCCAGCAUUUCUGUUUCUAACUGAGCAGUACAGAAAUGCCUUGCCAGCAUCCUGCCCCGACAUCGGAAAGACAUACGUUUAA